GUCCCAAUUGAAAAGGCGAGAGGGCGGAUCCAGCGAAGGCGCUGGUGGGCAAAUCGGAAGGGGCCACGUCCUGAAGUCCAAAAUGUUGUGAGGGUUUGACGGAUCGGAGGGCGAGAUGGGGGGUCAGGGAGGACAGGACGUGUCGCCCAUGGAUAUCCCUUCCACGGCCACGCCAACGUUCGGGUUCGGGAGAGACGGUGUCAGCAGGGAGCGGAUGAUUGCACUUGCCAAGCUUGGUCUUCUAGGGACUCCACGUUGCGGCAGGAGCGAAACCGUGCGUUCUCAAGGGAUUGUCAACAAUGACACAGCACCGCAAAGGCCUGCCAGUUUAACGUCCACGAUUGUUUCCGUUGUCGAACGCACGGAUAAAGGACAAGUCUCUAGGUCUCCCUUGCGCCACGUGGAGCCGUCGAACACGUUGAUGGCCGGGGGGUUGUCGAGGGUUGUCGCACCUUCCGCACAAGUAGGAAGCGACAGUAUCCAUGCCACCGCCACUGUUGUGGGAGAAAGGCGAGAAGAUGGGAGGGUCGAAGAGGCGGGGAGGAAAGAGGAGAGGAGGGAUGAGACUCCACGGGCGGACGACGAGGACGGCGAGUUUCUCAACUUGAGGAAGAAAAGAACGUGUCAGGAGGAAGAGUUGGUGGCGAAAUCCAAGCUCUACGUAGACGGGAAGGCGUUUUGGGGAAGAGGACCUGGUCGCAUGAUUGUGGACGCCGUGCAUAAUUGCGUGGACUAUAAUUGUGCAAUCGAGAACGGUGAUGCAGGCGCCGCCGCUCCACAUGGCGUCAUCAUGCCACCCCCCGGUGUUCCACGUGUGCGAAUCGAAGAUCCUGCGCAGCGAGAGCAAGCUCUGCGACGGGCGAGAUGAACGGAGAACGUCGCUAUGCGCGUCAUCCACGGGUGGAUAUUCAGAUCGUCUUCAAGGUCCGAUGGUUUCGCCCGCGCCGAG